GCCCACGGGGCAUGAAAACUUCCCGUGAGGAAGGGAGACACGAUGGCACGUUGCAUGGGAAGGAAUCGGUCAGAGUUGAUCGUUUUCCUGUUCGGGGCUUCUAUAGUGGGAUAUUAUAUUUUUAACAGGCAUAAUAAUCCAGGUGACAUAGGUGGAACAAGUCUAAGAGAAGUUCCCAUUGAGCAAGAUAUUGAAAAUGAAUUGCUUAAAAAGCCUGUUUAUGACAAACCGCCGUUGGAUUUAAAUGCCUUAGGAGAACUGGGCAGAGCUGUCAAAUUGAACCUCGUUGGAGAGGAGAAGAAAAAAGAAGAGGAAAGUAUUAAGAAGCACCAGAUUAAUACCUAUGUGAGUGAUAUGAUAUCUCUCCACCGCAGCCUACCUGAAAGAUGGAAUCCUCUUUGUAAGGACCUGAAGUAUGACUACAGGAGGUUGCCAUCUACCUCAGUGGUGAUUGCCUUCUACAACGAGGCGUGGUCCACGCUGCUACGCACUGUCCACAGUGUCCUGGAGACAUCACCUAACUCACUGCUACGAGAGGUGGUGCUGGUGGACGACUAUAGUGACAGAGCUCAUUUGAAGGAGCCGUUGGAAAACUACAUCUCCAGCUUGAAGAAGGUGCAUCUGAUCCGGGCCAGGAAGAGGGAGGGCCUGGUACGGGCCAGGCUCCUGGGGGCCUCCAUUGCCACGGGUGACGUGCUGACCUUCCUGGACUGCCACUGUGAAUGUCACGAGGGCUGGCUGGAGCCCCUGCUCCACAGGAUAAAGGAGAAGCCAUCGGCUGUGGUCUGUCCCGUCAUCGAUGUCAUUGACUGGAACACUUUUCAGUAUCUAGGCAACUCUAGGGAACCCCAUAUCGGAGGAUUUGAUUGGCGGCUGGUCUUCACCUGGCACCUGGUGCCAGAGUACGAGCAGAAACACAGACGCUCUGCCAUCGAUGUCAUCAGGUCUCCUACGAUGGCUGGUGGGCUGUUUGCUGUCAGUAAGAACUAUUUCCAUUACCUGGGCACGUAUGACACAGGCAUGGAGGUGUGGGGAGGAGAGAACCUUGAGUUCUCAUUCAGGAUCUGGCAGUGUGGGGGCAGCCUGGAGAUCCACCCCUGCUCCCACGUGGGCCACGUCUUCCCCAAGAAGGCCCCCUACUCGCGGAGCAAGGCCCUGGCCAACAGCGUGCGUGCUGCCGAGGUCUGGAUGGAUGAGUACAAGGAGUUGUACUACCACCGUAACCCCCACGCUCGCCUGGAGGCCUUUGGGGAUGUGACAGACAGGAGGAAGCUCAGGACCCAGUUAGGAUGUAAGGACUUCAAGUGGUACCUGGAGAACAUCUAUCCUGAUAUCCACGUUCCUGAGGACAGGCCUGGGACGUUUGGAAUGCUGAAGAACAGAGGCAUGUCCAGCUACUGCUUUGACUACAAUCCUCCUGACGACCAUAACCUGGUGGGCCACCGAAUCAUCCUCUACCCCUGUCAUGGCAUGGGACAAAACCAGUUCUUUGAGUACUCCAGUAAGAGAAGUGAGAUCCGCUAUAACACCAGGGAUCCAGCAGGGUGUGCUGUGGGGGACGCCGUCUCCACCUACCUGACUGUGCACCUGUGCAAGAAUCCCCGGCAGCCUGUGCCACAGGACCAGAAGUUUGUCCUCAGAGAGGACGGCACCCUUUACCACAUGAUGACCCAGAAGUGUGUCCAGGCCGUGGACGAGUCGGACAACGACAGCCGUGCCCCCGCCCUGCGGCCCUGCUCGGACCACGCCAACCAGAAGUGGUUCUUUGAGGAGAGGGGGGAAUAGUGGAGCGAGCCAGACGAAAUCUCUAACACUGGGGUGGAGGGACAACCAAACCCAUAUCCUGUAGUAGAGGGAUCGGGAUGGAGGCCCCAAGACCCAUACUCAGGUCCAGUGUCCCUAUGCUGUGGAGAUAGCCUGGGUCGUUUUCACUAGGAACUAAACAGAAAAAAACCUUGCUGAAACGGGGAGGUACUAAUUGAAUUAGUGCAAUUGGAAUCACUUGUUUUUGUUUUCUGUUGCACACUGUUUUGAAUCGUUGUGCCCUAAUGAAUAUUACCCAAGUCAGGAACCGCUAUCUUACCUCCUGUAUCUAUGCACAACCUUGUGCUUGCUCGACAACGUUUGAUAUUUGAUAUUAACACAAACCACAUAUCUGCUUCUCCAAUCUUUUUAGUCAUUUUUUUUAACAUUGUUUGGGUUUUCAAACACAGUUUUACAUCCAGGGAUUUAAUGACAACUGUUGCAAUUGUUCAUGCUGUAAUCUUCUUAUCCACAGUGAUUUACAGUACACUAAGUUAUUUUUUUUAUUGUUUUUCAAUGGUUAAGGGCUGUGUCCACUCACUUCAAUGGGGUAACACCCAUUUGAGGAUGAGGGGUACAUCCAUAGAGAAUGAUAGAGGCCACACAAGGUCGUAUUUGCAUGGGGAACACCAUAGAGAGCUUCCACCAAUUUAAUGCAGUCAACUGGGUGGGACUUCCAACUUCAUUGGCUGUUCCCUCCUGGUGACCCUGUUGGAUUCAUGUCAUCAAGAGGGAACAGCAAAUAGUUUAGAAGGAAAUGUACUACUUCAAAAUGGAGAUUGUCUUAAUGCCCCCCCCCCUUCUCACUUUCAUCGUUUUCCAUCUCUCCUUCUCUUGAACCCAGGACCACUUUGCCCCUGGUAGUGGAUGUUUUUGGCAUUGCAGUGUUCUUGACAGAGUGACAGUAUGUACUUGCAUCACAUUGCAGCUGGAUAGCUCAGACUCAACCUCUAGAGGGCGCCAAAGCUUCCAUCUUGUGUGCUGAUCUUUUUCCCCACUCCAACCAAUAUGCUCUCAGCUCAGCGACAUGUGUGCAUGGUUCAUUUUUAUUAGUGAUGCAUUUACGUCUGUCCCUCAUUGUAAGGUCAACCCUGUUUUGUGAACAGAACUCUUGUUUUAAUAUGGUGAAACCAUGACCUUUUUUUUGAUAAUCUAAUUGUCAAAUCAUAGCGUAAAAAGCUGGUUAUACUC